GUUUGGCCUGUGCCUAUCGGCAAAAAUAAUUUGUGAUCGGCGACUUUUGAUUUUGAAUGCUUAGUUUGUUUAUUUCAUUUCUUUUCGAUUACAUCACGCCAAAACACUGUUAUUUCUAUAAUAGAUUCGGCCUCUAAACAAUGUCCGAAUUAGAAUCCACCGGUGGAGAGAAAAAUGAUAACAGGCUCAGGAAGCGAAUUCGCCACCGCAAGAAAAACUUAUACGAAAAGAUUCUCAAACAAAUGGAGUUUUAUUUUAGUGAUGCCAAUCUGUCUAAGGACCGAUUUUUAGGAGAACUUAUAAAAAACGAUCCUUAUGUCCCAAUCGAGACUUUUCUAAAAUUCAAUCAAAUUCGUGCAAUGACAAGUGAUGUUUUUAUUAUAGCAAAAGCAAUGAAGAAUUCCACCAUGCUGGAGUUGUCCGAAGACAAACUUAAGAUCAAGAGAAAAUCUCCAGUAUUGCCUUAUGAUGCUGAUGUUAGAACUGUUUAUGUUGAAUCUAUUCCAGUAACUGCCAGCAGAGAAUGGCUAGAAAAAGUGUUUUCAGAAUUCGGAAGAGUUGCUUAUAUCUCUUUGCCUAAAUUUAAAAUUUCCAAAAUAAUUAAGGGUUAUGCUUUUAUAGAGUUCAGCCAGCCUGACGAAGCGCAGAAAUGCAUUGCCACUUUUACAAAAAUGGGUUGCAAACUGCCAACGUGUAUGCAGCCUGAAAACCUAUCUUCAAUAAAAAUGUUUUCUGCUGAAGAUACUGUUAAUGAUAAUGCUCCAAAAAAAGAGGAAACCGAAGAUCUUGAGCCACCAAAGAAAAAAACUAAAAAACACAAAGAAAAAAAGACAUCGAAAAGUCUAGAAUUGAAGUUAGAAAGUGAAUCUGACUGUGAGAAGAAAAUUGAUACACCUACAGAAGAAAAUAAGGAAAUAGUGUCAACACCCACAGAAGAAAAUAAAAUGUUUGCUGAUUCAAAAGAUGAAAUGACAACUCAGGAUGAAGAUCAGUCCGAUGAAGACACCAAAAAGAAAAGAAAGCUGAGAAAAAAGUUGGCCAAAGACAAAGCAAAGGCUAAGAAUGGUCUGAACAAAAAUGAAGCACCACCUGGAGCAUUAUGGGGCCUCCAAGUGUUGCCUAAAUCUGAAUGGAAGGCCCUCAGGAAUAAAUAUUUGAAUUUGCAGAGAAAGUAUAUGAAAGAAAUCAAAACAGCAUUACACAAUAAGAGGCAUGCCUAUUCAAGUAUACCUGCACCAGCAGCGCCAUCUGUAGAAGUUGAACCCGGCAUAAAUCCAACACAAACAGAAGGCAAUAAAAUCCCUUUAGAAAAGAUACCAGGAGUGUUUGUGAAGGAAAUUUUGCCUGAGCCCUGCUUGGACGUAAGGCAAGCAAAAAGAACAGUUAAAACUAAUAUUCAUGUUCAACAUGUGGAUGUUAAAGAAGGCCAAUCAGAAUUAAUAAUCAGAUUUGAUUCUGCUAAAGCUGCAGAAGAGUAUUGCGCGAGCGCAGGUGCCCGCGCGCACGUGAUGCACGGCGACGACGAGGAGCACCAGUGGUCGCGCGCUGAGGCCGCGCGCUCCGUGCGCAGACCGCGCGGCCGCGACCGUCUACUGGCGCGCACGGCGGCCGCGCGCGACCCCCUUCCGCCCGCGCCCGCCCCGCCGCAGCCUACGCACACGCAUAUACGCUUCGACGACGAAUAACCGAUCAGAUCGGCCUAAGUGCGACAGACCAGCAGGCCAAUUAUGCUAAUGUUUCGCGUCUCAAUAGAAUUACAACUACUCACAUUUUGCCAAUGUACCUUAAGUCCAUUUAGUGAUAUAUUUUCGUCAUAAAUCGAAUGUGACAGAUAUAUUAAUAUUGGACUUUAGGUAGCUAGUACAAUUGCAAAAUGGAAGAUAAAAUAUUUUAUUGAGAUGUGAAUAUUAGCAGAGUUGCCCUACUGUGAGAAUUAAACAUAGAUACACUAAAUGGAAAGCGUUUAGAAAAUGUUACUGAAGUUAAUAAAAGUUUUUUU